GUGGUUUAACAACAAAUGACGACGAUGAAAUUCGUUUAUGUUUAAAUAUGUUGCAAAAAUCUCAUGAUGAUACUGGAUUUAUGCAUGAAUCAAUUGAUAUUAAUGAUCCAAUGAAAUUUACACGAUCUUGGUUUGCAUGGGCUAAUAGUUUAUUUGGAGAAUUUAUUUGGAAAUUAUAUAGAGAAAAAAAAUAUCUACUAGAUGAGAUUCACAUUGAAAGAGUAUAG